UGUGGGCAUGCGCAGUAUCAACAAUCACAAAAAAACGAAAAUGGCGGCUAACGAGUAUCAUUGCAAUUACUGCCAAUCAGAUUGUACGCUGCUUCGCGUGCGCUGCGCCGAGUGCUCAGACUUCGAUCUGUGUUUACAGUGUUUCUGUUGUGGAGCCGAAAUGGGUGAACAUAAGCGAGAGCAUAAAUAUCAAUUAAUCGAUGGAGGGUCAUUUCCACUGUUUUCYGAGGAAUGGGCAGCAGAGGAAGAGACUCUGCUUUUGGAUGCRAUAGAGCAACAUGGAUUUGGAAACUGGGAUGAUAUUGCAGACCACAUUGGAACUAAGACYGCAGCAGCAACAGCAGAACAUUAUAAUGAUGUUUACAUUCAUGGAAAUAUUGGCAAAGCAAGUGUAGAGCCAUUCAAAGAUAAAAUUGUUGAUCAUACAGCAGCUGAAGGAGGUCUUUUAUCUCCUACACUUUUGCAUCCACCUGAGCAAGUGGAGAUGAGUACAGCAGAACAAACAGAACUUGGUUAUAUGCCCUUAAGAGAUGACUUUGAAAAGGAAUAUGAUAAUGAUGCAGAAACGUUGAUAAGUGGUCUUCAAUUCAAUAAAGAUGAUGAUGAUCUUGAAACAGACCUCAAAGYUGCUCUUAUUGACAUGUACCUGAGAAGGCUGAAAGAAAGACAAGCUAGAAAAGAGAAUGGAAUAACAAAGACUGCUGUUGGUCAGGAAUUUGAUGAACAGAGGUUGCGACGUGAAAGACGAAAAGAAAACAAAAGGAAAAUGGUGGGAGGAACAACUCCAAGAAAGACUAAUGUUUCUCUUGGAAAAAUACAGAUGUCCUCGGAAAAAAGCAAAAAGUCUGACAAAAAUAAUACUGGGUCUGCUAAUCAAGAGUUUUUAGAUGAAAUAAAGUCUUCCUCAUGCUUUGAUCUUCUGUCUUCAAGAGAGGUUCAGCUAUGUUCAACAAUGCAAAUGAAGCCUGGAUUUUAUCUUACCAUUAAAAUUAUUAUUCUUAAGGACAAUCUUCUAAGACGACAAGGUGUUCAAGUUAAGACACGCUAUCCUCCAAAUCUUGAUAAAACACACAGACGUCUAAUUGUUAGCUAUCUCAAAGAAAGUGGAUGGAUACCAACCUCAUGAUAGCAAUGAUUUUUUUAAAAAUACUAGGAAUUUUUUUAUUUAGGUUUAUUUAGAUUCCACUGGUUGAUCCUAAGGAUGUAUAUUUAAGGGAUGGGUACACAUAAUAAUGAAUAYGAUAUAUGUCACAGAAUAUAUCUUAAUAUCAAAAUUGAGAAUGAUGUAUUUUAAUGCUUUAAAAGCAUUGAACACAAGAAUUCAUCAAGCUUGGUAACACAGGUUUAACAUGCUGUAAUUGUGACCUGUUGCUAWAGUUUGAAUGAAAAUUAGAGAAUCACGCCUGGGUUCCAAAGAUGAUGCACCAAAAUAUGAAGUGCUGUUCACAAAAUACUAUGUAAAUUAUAUUGCAUAAAAUCUAUAUGAUAAUAUUAUAAUAAAAUGUCUUUUAAGCUCA